AAACACGGAAGUUUGUAUUUGGCUCGCUUUUCAAACAAUUCCAGCGUCUGCAUAACUGUAUGAUGAUAUUUUAAAGAAAAAAACAGUCUGUCUUGGUGUAAAACAUUUAAUAUGUCUGUAAAUGGUUGCAUCAUACCUGGAACUCCUAUAGCUGUUGAUUUCUGGCAUGUCAAAGAACUGAAUGCAGCCGAUUUUGUUUUCUUUCUGACACAUCUGCACGGUGACCACAUCAUUGGCUUAACAUCGACAUGGCAGCAUCCUAUCUACUGCUCCGAGUUGACAGCAAAGUUCCUGACAACACAGUGUGGAGUGGAAAGAAGUCUUCUACGCCCACUGGAAGUUGGAUGCACCCAUCUGGUGCCAGUGCCUUCUAACGAUGAUGAGGAUGCUUCGUACAUUGCGGUUUCAGUCAUUGAUGCUAACCACUGUCCGGGCUCGGUGAUGUUUCUUUUUGAGGGAUCAUUUGGAAAGAUUCUUCAUACUGGAGAUUUCCGGUACAAAUCUGAACUCAUAGAGAACAGUGUUUUACACAACCACAGAGACUCCAUUGAUGUUAUAUACCUGGACAACACGUUCUGCAGCAGUCGGUGCAUCUUCCCAGCACAGCAUGAGGCAAGAAAAGAGAUACUGGACAUCAUCCAACAGCACCGAGAUUGUAACGUCGUCCUGGGAAUGAGGAAACUUGGUAAAGAGAUUCUCCUGGCAUGGCUAGGCUUGACCCUCAAAGAAUGGAUCUCAGUUCCUGGGCAAAUGUACUCCAGGAUUCAGACUCUGGGACUGCCAAAUGUUUUCAGAAUAUGUGACAAGAGUGUCAGAAUUAGGGUUGAGCCUUUUCAUCUGGUGUCGAAGAAAAUGCUCGGACGAUGGAACGAGGUAAAGAGAACAAUUGCCAUCUUGCCAACAGCCAUAUACACAGGGAUCGGCGGAACUCCAUACGCAAAUCAGAACGAUGUGUUUGUAGUUCCAUAUUCAGACCACUCCUCCUACUCAGAGCUGCUUGAGUUUGUUUCCAAGCUGAGGCCUUGUGCAGUGGUUCCUAUUGUGUCCUCAACCACAAGAGGUCCAUUUGGAGUAGACAUAUCUUCAAGAGCCGACAUGUCUUGUUUUGGGAAAUAUUUCAGAACGCCUGUUGAUGGCGUGACUUCAAGACGGGCUUUGAGACCGACCAGUAAAGCACCAAGUAUCCUGCUACCUGUACCUGGUGCUGAUCUGAAACGGAAGUCACUGAAAAGAAAACGAAGUAUUGGACACAGAAAGGUCAAUAAAGGUAUUCAAUAUGUGUCUGAGGAUGAGGAUUCGGAUGGGAAAAAUCUUCAGGACAGCUGUUCUUAUGAAAGAGUGAAUCCAAACAUGAGAUGUAAUUGUUCAGUUGUUAGUUCACUGAAGACGAGAAAACAUGCUGAUUGCCAGAUGAAAAAGUUGGAUUCAGAACCAAACAUCACUAGUGAUGUUUCCAAAGAUGAAAAUUGUUUGAAAAUAGAUCCUUCUGGUGACAUAGAAAAACCAGAUCUACCUUCGACAAACUGUUGUUGCAUCUGCAACGAUAAAUUCAUAUCAAAAGGAAACAUUAUAAAUGAUGUUUCCAAAGAUGAAAAUUGUUUGAAAAUAGAUCCUUCUGGUGACAUAGAAAAAACAGAUCUACCUUCAACAAACUGUUGUUGCAUAUGCAACGAUAAACUCAUACCCACUUUUCCAGUAUCAUUGCCAAACUGUGAUGUUGUAAAGCAUGUAUCGGACUUGUGUAAUAGUAAAAUAUUUCAAAAUGGACAACUGAUUGGAGAUCACUCUAUAACUGAAAAAAGUAAAAAAUAUUCCAGUCAUAACAAAAGUUGUUUACAGCCAUUACCUGUUAAAAUUUCAGUUGAGACAUUGUCUUCCAAAUUUAAUAUGCAAGCAAGAUAUACUGUUAAAAGUCUUGUAAACCAGCAAGCAAAACAAGAACAUGGUACUAAGGCACUUGUGUUGGUUCUAGAGAAGUGGUUCUCACACAGGUAAAUUUAAUUCAUUCAGGAACACUUUACUUAGUAUCAAACUGAAAGCAUUCCGACUUCCUGUGCAAGUUUCAGAGACUGCAGUUGUUGUUAUAAACAAAAUAUUCUCUGCAAAUCAGUAUUAUUCAAACAUUUAAACAUUUUCAUUUCUAUAUCCGUGUAGAUACAGUUACUAUUUCAUUUAUGUUUCACUUGUAUGGUUAAUUCAUGUUGCAUAAAUUGUUAACCUUUUUAUUUUUAUACAAUUAAAUGGCAUAAUGAUAUGUUACUCAUACUAGUUUAGUAAUGUAUUAAACAACAUUAACUCUAAUAAUAGUUAAUAACUAUAUUGCUGUUCUAAUACAGAUUAAUGAAACACUUUUACAUUUGAAUAUUAAAUCAAAGCUCAAGUUGAUCCAUGAGUAAAA